UGCCAAAAUGAAAAAGGGCGCACACGCCUUGACCGAUCGUUGCCGGAGCAGGCAAAACAACUCAACCAGUCCAGAACCUUUGCCCUGCCCGUCAGUCCCUUCGAGAACAACACUGGCUCACACGACCGCGACUCUUCCCGCCGGGGCCCCUGGCUGCUCGUCCGUCCCAUGGCGUGGCGCUCCGACGACGAUCUGUGUCACGGAUCUACGCUCGUCGCUUGACAAAUCCCACCACGGGUCCGCUACACUCCCUUGUUUCUCUUUGUCCUCCUCUGCCUGCCUUGCCUUCCUCCCCAAGAAUCGUGACGCCUGCGGCGCACAGAGCGCCCACGCGGUCUCGGUCUCCACCUCGUCAAUGCUCCCCCAGAAAACCAGUGUCUUGCCAGAGACGCCUUCUCCGGGCUGCUGUAAAUAGCAACAUAUACCUCUCCCCGGUGUGCGCAGCAAGCUAAACCCCCACCGCACGCCCCACCCGCGCGCAGGCAUGCCUCUCUCGCUCGGCGCCGACCACCUCGCCGCGCCCGGCGCGCGCGCUCCGCCUGCGCGGGUGGGCACGGGCAUGGGCAUGGACACGUCCCUCUCGCUGGGCGGUGCCGCCGCCUACCUCCCGCUCAACGAGAACGACUCCCUCGACAUGCUCCUCUUCGACGUCCUCCGCGAGGCCUCCGCCGUGGCCGCCGCCUCGCCCUCCUCGUCCUCCUCUCCCCCGACGAAGACGGCGACGGCCAUUGCCGCCGCUGGCGCCGACGCGAUCGAGGGCGGCGGGGCAUGCGCGGCCGGGAGGGCCGCGGAGCGCCCGCACUACCGCGGGGUGAGGCGGCGGCCGUGGGGCAAGUACGCGGCGGAGAUCCGGGACCCGUCGCGGCCCGGCACGCGCCUGUGGCUCGGCACCUUCGGCACGGCCGAGGAGGCGGCCGUCGCGUACGACCGCGCCGCGUUCCGCCUGCGCGGCGCCAAGGCGCUGCUCAACUUCCCGCCGGCCGUGGGGGCGCACGAGGCGCGCCGCGGCGGCGCCAAUGAGGCGAGGUGAAUGCUACGUGCGUUCGUUCUCUCGCCGAUCGUUCCUCUCUCUCUUAGCUGCGUGUUGUUAGCUUCUUAGUUUAGGCAUCGAAACAUUGAAUUCCCAUUCUGUAACCGUUCAUUCAUGCGUGGUGUGGUCUGUGGUGGACCAAUUUGCAUUUCGUGGGUAUCGUCUCUAGCUUCGGGCGAAGGUGCUAUUUUGGUGAUCUCUCUACGGUUAUCAACAGAUAUCAAUCAUCAAUUGUACAGUAGUACUACUACCAGUCUCGUCUGAAAUUUUACGAAAUCUGGAGAACUGUGUGAACCGGUAAUGAGAAGACAGAUUCCCUCGACAAACCUUGUAUUCAUCUGGAACGAUUCCUCGGCUCCUUUGAUUUAAAGGAAUUUUAUAGGAUUUCUGGAGGACUGAGAUCCUUAGAAUUUUUUCC